ACUAGUGGGCACGAAUCAAAGUUUCACCUCCAAAUCACCAACCCCACAUGCUCAAAAUUCCAAUUUGUGGCUCAACAUCUUCUGUUUCAAUACAUUUCUUCUUCUCUCUCUCCUCAUGUCCCACCAACUUGUUUCUUAGUAGUCAAUCACUGUUUGUUCCAAUUGCUAGCAACUCUCCUACCAAACAAUUAAACAAAUUUGUCCGGCAAUUCAUCUGUUUUUGUUAAUGAAGUAUGAGGACGCUUUGUGACGUUUGUGAGGGCGCUGCUGCUGUGCUUUUCUGUGCUGCUGAUGAGGCUGCUCUUUGUCGUGCCUGCGAUGAUAAGGUUCACAUGUGCAACAAGCUUGCUAGUAGGCAUGCAAGAGUUGGUCUAGCUAGCCCCAGCGACGUUCCACGCUGUGAUAUAUGUGAAAAUGCUCCUGCCUUCUUUUACUGUGAAGUGGAUGGCAGCUCCCUCUGUUUGCAGUGUGACAUGAUCGUGCACGUUGGUGGUAAACGAACACAUAGGAGAUUCCUCUUGCUCAGACAGAGAGUUGAGUUUCCGGGAGAUAAGCCUGGUCUGACUGGCGAGCCCGUUGUACAAGGCGUGGACAAGAGAGAUAACAACCACAACCACUCGCGGAGAUUGAUGGAUGAAGAUGAUCAGCAAAUUUCUCCUUCUGCAGACUUGGAUGCCGGUGCUGCUGAUAGAGAAGCUAAGAACGGUGCAGGAAUGAUUGAUUUGAAUAUGCAGCCUCAUCGUCUCCACGGCCACGCUGAAAACAAUCAGGGGUGAUGCUUUGAGAAGGGACUUGCAUCGCUUGAGAUGGGUUUGCUUUUGGAUCACAGGGAAGAUGAAGAUGCAGCAUUGUUUCUCUGAAUAGGUUUGUGGAGAAUGAUAUUCUUUGAGCAGUGAGGGUAGUUGUAUAGCUAGAAGAAUGUGGUCGAGCAACGAGCAACAGCAACGGUUGCUUUUGUUGCUAACUGUGUAGAACUAGCUAGCUAGCUAGCUUUGUUGGGAGCAACUUGCUCUUUGGAAACAUGUCAAGUUUGAAAAUUGAAACCAUGGAGUAUGUGUUUUUUGGCA